AGAUGAGCAGUAUGGGUAGAUUCCUGGCACUAGUGGAGAAAUGAUACGAUCCAUCCUGUUUCUCUUACUGUUCGCCACAUCUCAGGAAACAGGAGAAGAAAAGGAUCUCGUUUUCGUUCUAAACGCCCCUUUGAUGAUGUCUGAUACGGACUUGUCCAAUGCCGUGGAUUUUAUUUAUAACAUUACAGAUCGCCUUACUAUCGGACAGUCGAACACGUUAGUGGCAGCUCUCACCUACUCAGUACGAUCAACUCAACACUUCUCGCUAAAUUCCCACUCCACUAAGGCAGCAGUCCUAAGUUCUCUAGCCUCUCUUAAGUCUGUCAAUAGAAGCCAUGAUGAAUCGAACCCAAACGAGGCUCUGGAUUUUGUGAGAGUCACGACAUUGACAGGAUCCCGAGCCACGUCCUCAAAAUUCGUUGUUUUGAUACUGAUGCAAGGACCAGCUACAGCAAGCAGCAGAACAACAACUAAAUGGGCGGCAGAGGAUCUGUAUGACGAACAUAAAGUAAACUAUGUGACACUUGGACUGGAUUCCUUGACAGACAGCGAUAAAUCUCUACUGACUGAUAUAACCAAAGAUGGAUUGAAAACAUUUUAUGUCAGUGAUUUCAAGUACAGUUGUAAUGUCGUUCCAAAUGUCACUAGUCUAAUAGAUUCCUCAGCUGAUACCAGCCCGAUAAUAAACUGUCCUGAUCCUAAUGCCGUGGACCCGACAACAACGCCAGCAAAUGAUGCUAAAGAUAAUUCCCUGCUUUUAGUCGUCAUUGGUGCCAUUAUAGGAACCCUCCUAAUCCUAGCCCUCCUGGUGGUGGCCUAUAAGUGUGUCAAGGUGAACGCAGUUAAGGACAUGCGAGUCCUGAGGGCUAUAGAGGUGUACGGGGAGGCCAAGUUCGGGACAUCUAAAGAAGCCUUCUGCCAGAAGGAUUUUAUGGGGUCCGGCACGGGAGGAAGGACACAAUCGGACGAUUCAGUUUUCAAUACGCGACUGUUCUUGGCCCGAAACUUUGCAAACGGACAAACCCAUACGUUCAACAAUAAUAUAUGAAGCACUGGUCAAUUAAUGGUCAAUCCAGCUUGAUAUAAAUAGGACCUCUGCUCACCAGAGGCUAGACAUAGGAUUUCCACAAGACAAUGCAAUUACAAUGUCAAUAUACUUUGAAAGCAGAGUAUGCAUGUUGUUCAAAAUGUUCAAGAUACAUAUGCAUAUCAUGAAGUAUCUCAUGGUGAUAGAAAACGAAGUGUCAAAUAAUCAACGAUUAAUAUAGCUUAUUGUGUUAACAUACAUGUAAUGUUUACCUAGCUCGUCUUCAAAUUUUUAGGAUAAAUUAUUUUAUUUAUUUUCGAGACUUCGCAAGCUUUAUGAAGGGAAAUUGAAGGCUUUCUUCUCUUAAGUUCUUGCAAUUGGAUCGGCGUAGGCUUUCUUCUAAUUAACUUUAAUUUUACCAUGUGAACUUCUUGAAACAUUGCUAUUAGAAUGGCAGCCCUGUACUUUUAUAUUGGUAGAUACUUAUUGUUAUGAUCUGGUGUUAAAUUUACUUCUAUUCAAGUAGGUAAAACUUUAUAGCAUUGCUGUUUAUUUUAAAUAAAAAUCAAUUUAUCAA